AUGUAUGCGGGCCGCGAAUUUUUCCUUUGGAAACCCUCGGCUUAUCCUGAAACGUACAGCAAAUUAAGGAAAACGAGCGUUACUUCUCCUGCUCGAAUCAGUUGCGGGAUGGGAUGGAGACUCCACGACAAUACAUGGGAAACUCAUUCUGCAGGUCACAGGCAAGUCCCCCAGGGAUAUCCUCAGCCUCUGGAUAGCGGGAGCCCAUCGGGGGCGCGGGUCAGAGAGCUGCAGGAGAAGGGGGUGCUGGCUGGUGGGAACCAGGAAGCGCAGUCAUCCGCCUCCAAGAGGCCGCGCGUCCCAAAAGGCCCAGGCGCCCUGGCUUCGAGCGGCGGCGAAGACAGGGCGGACAGCGCGGGAAAAUGUGGGAUGUCUGGAGAUUUCAAGCUCUCAGUGCCAGACCUUGUUCGCAGAGAUUCUGAUUUAAUAGAAUAUGAUGUGAGCCCUUUUGGGACUUAUUUCUGUCUUACUGUUAGGUGUAACGAUUUCUCUCUGAGUUACUGGAAUCCCUAUUGGAUGCUGCCCUCUGAUGUUUGUGGAAUGAACUGCUUUUGGGAAGCGGCUUUUAGGUAUAGUCUGAAAGUACAGCCUGUUGAGAAAAUGCACCUAGCUGUAGUUGCGUGUGGUGAAAGAUUGGAAGAAACUAUGACCAUGUUGAAGUCAGCUAUUAUUUUCAGCAUCAAACCUCUUCAUUUCCAUAUUUUUGCUGAAGAUCAGCUACAUGAUAGCUUUAAAGGGAGACUCGAUAGCUGGUCAUUUCUACAAACAUUCAGUUAUACAUUAUACCCCAUAACAUUUCCGAAUGAGAAUGCAGCAGAGUGGAAAAAACUUUUUAAACCAUGUGCUUCACAGAGAUUGUUCUUGCCGAUAAUCCUGAAAGAAGUUGACUCACUAUUGUAUGUUGACACUGAUAUCCUUUUUUUACGACCUGUUGAUGACAUUUGGUCUUUACUAAAGAAAUUUAAUUCCACACAAAUUGCUGCAAUGGCACCAGAACAUGAGGAACCUCGAAUAGGAUGGUAUAAUCGCUUUGCCAGACAUCCAUACUAUGGAAAAACUGGAGUAAACUCUGGAGUUAUGUUGAUGAACAUGACUCGAAUGAGAAGGAAAUAUUUCAGGAAUGAUAUGACAACCGUACGACUACGAUGGGGAGACAUACUUAUGCCAUUGCUUAAAAAAUACAAGCUAAACAUUACAUGGGGCGAUCAGGAUCUAUUGAAUAUCAUGUUUUUUCAUAAUCCAGAAAGCCUUUUUGUUUUUCCGUGUCAAUGGAAUUAUCGGCCGGAUCAUUGUAUAUAUGGAAGCAAUUGCCAAGAAGCAGAAGAAGAAGGCAUCUUUAUUCUUCAUGGGAACAGAGGUGUUUACCAUGAUGACAAGCAACCAGCAUUUAGAGCUGUUUAUGAAGCACUGAAAAAUUGUUCUUUUGAAGAUGACAACAUCCGUUCCUUAUUAAAACCUUUAGAACUGGAACUACAAAAGACAGUACAUACAUAUUGUGGAAAAAUAUACAAAAUAUUUAUCAAACAGCUAACAAAAAGCAUAAGAGAUCGUUAUGACAGACCACCAAAGGAAAGGUGAUUCUUGGUGACUGCUAAAUCAUAUGGGUGAAACAACAAAGUGUCAGAAGAUAAAUGUGAAGGAAUAGUCUUGGAUGAAGUAUUCAGGAAGGAAUUAUUCAUCUCCAGAAUAAUUUUGUUCCAAAGAAGUUAUAUAAACAAUAUGUUCAUGUAAUGAAGUAUAAGUUAAAAUCUUGGACUCCAGCAAGAAACAUUUUUGAUCUCUGAUGUUUUGUAAUGUUACUUGCUGUCAUUCCCGUAUUGAUGAAAAUAGUAUUGAAUGGUUUUAGCCUGCAGGCUUCUGUUGACUCUUACUCUCAAGUGAGUAAGAGUAGUAGAGUGUAUGGUUGGAGAAAAUGUACCUCAUACACAGUGGAAACACUCAGACUGUGAGUGUAGCAAUACUUUUAUAUCAGCACUAACCUCACUUUAAAUGUGUGAGAAAAAACAUUGUUUACAGGAGCAGAAGUUCUGUUUCUAAAGAAAUGUGAUUUAACCGAUGUAACCAUUGACAAUCUAUGUGUGCCUUUAUACAUUUCAUCUCCAUUUUAAAAUAUUUUUGUGACAAUCAGGUUUAAAAUUGUGUUUAGAUUAUAAGUAAGCUGCAUGUUUAAAAAAAUUGAGCUGUUUAAGAAAGAGAAAAAAAAUAGUGAAAACCUGAGGUUUUAUCUGU